AUGAUAAAGGAGCAGCGGCUCGCGAUGGCUCUCCCGGAACGAGUCUGCCCCUCGUUUGCCUGUUUUGGCAAACUCGCUGGCUUGCUAACCAGGUUCAACAGCAGCCACAAUGAGCGGGACAUUCCACGUCUUCUCGGUUAAUGAAGCCGAUCUAAAGCUGAGGGAUCACAAGAAGCGACGACCCCAUAGUAAGAGCAAGUCCGGUUGCCUGUCAUGCAAAGCCAGGAGGGUCAAGUGUGACCAGGCAAAGCCACGAUGUCUACGAUGCCAGCGGAACGGCCUCGGCUGCUCUUACACGCCCGGCGAGCCAACCGCCCUAACCAGGCACUCCACAAGUAGGCAGGUCUCUCGGUCCCUCCCCCUCCUCCCGCACCUCGACCUCCCCAUCUCCGACCCCUCAGGCCGGCAGUACGGAACCCCCGCCGCGGCGCUGUUGCACCACUUCGCGCACAACUGGCGCACCAUCUUCGCGCUCCCGGGCGCCGGCGACGUCCUCCCCCUCUGCCCGGGGCGCCCGCACCUCACCAACGCCGUGCUCGCCCUCGCGGCCUGCCACCUCCGCCACCACGCCGGCGGUCACGGCGGUCACGGGCCGCCGCCCCCGGACCCCCACCGCGUGGCCGAGCACUUCCGGGGCUCCCUCGCGCUGCGCGACUUCCGCGCCGCCAUGUCGCAGCGGCCCCUCGACGCCCUCGCCCGCGCCGACACCGGCGUCCUCGUCCUAGCGGCCGUCCUGCUCAACCUGCUCGCCUUCGUGCUACCCGCCGACGAGGACGUCGCGAGCUGGACUGCAGGCGCAGAAGCCGCCGGAGCCGACCCGUCCCGGUCCUGGGUCUUCAGCGCCAGGCCCGACCGCCUCGGCUGGCUGGCCGUCCAGUUCGGCCUGCGGCCGCUGCUGCUGGAGACGCGGCCGCGGCGCCGGGGGAUCAGCCUCGGGCCCUUGCUCGGCGCGCCCCAGUACGACGAGGGGGGGGAGUUCUCGAAGGGCGGCCUGGCGCUGCUGGAUGGCGUGCCGGACGCCUGGCUCGACGUCUUCGGGUUGGCGCGUGGUCGGGAGGGCCGGGGCGUGUCCUCCUCCUCCUCCGAGGUCGCCCAGUUCCUGUUCCAGGAUCCUCUGCGCCUCCUGGUGGUGUUGCGGGACCUUGAGCCGGUCGACGCGAACAUAUACAUGUAUUUGCGGUUUGUCGGAACGCUGGAGCACGAGUUCCGGUCCCUGCUAUACGAGAGGGACGAGAAGGCCCUAUGGCUAUUCGGAUACUGGCUCGGCCUGAUGUGCCGCUUCGAGCACAUAUGGUGGUGUGGCCGCCGGGUGAGGCGGGACUUCACGGCGAUCGUCAUGUGGCUUCGGAGUUGCGGGGUGACUGCGAGGCCCGGUCGAGAGGGCUUGUUGUGGACGGACAUGAUGAUGGACCUGGAGGACACUCCUUCCUGGCUGCCGACAAGUUCAAUGCCGUCAGAAGAAACGCAGCCAGAGGUGACAUCUUCGCUUUCGGUUGUGCCACAGAAUGGGCAACAAAAAUAGGCUGAACAGUAAGACACAAUGUAUGAUUGAUGACAUUGCCUACGUCGGCUGCAGGAACCCAAGCAAGUAUAUUCGGCCGACAUUAUUUCUCCCCGGCCCCGCCCUGGAAGUUCAUGCUGUAGCCUCCAGUCUUCUCGUCCUUGAUCAUCUGGAAAUUAUCCGUGCUCAUACCGAAGGGCUUCAGCAGGCCGUUCCCGAGGUCCUUCAGCUUCCCCCACAUCUCGGCCGUCUCCUUCUCCUGGGCCGCCUUCGCGAG